GUUGCUGGGGCCGGCUUUUGGAUGAAAGAUGGCGGCGCACCGGUUGUAUGGGAAGUUACGGAAACCUGCCGUGAUUUCCGACCAUCUGUUGCACCUCACCGAGCCUAAGGUGUCCCCAGCCGGCACGUCGCUAUACCCUCCGGUCAAAGCAUCCCUGACCGCAGACAGCAAGGCUUCUAGGCGCCGCCGGAUAGAGGAGCACUAUAACCGCGUGCAUGCACUCACUGACAUCCGCGAGAAGCUGAAGCUGAUCAAUGGCCUCCAGAGGCUCAAAUACAUUGUGUAUCCCCAGACUUUCGCCCUGAACGCUGACAGAUGGUACCAACACUUCACAAAAACGGCCUACGUGCCUGGUCUGCCCCAGAGAGGUGAUUCCAGUGCCCCUGAGCCCGGGGUUGGUGGUAAAGCUGUCCUUGGGGAAGAGGACAAGUCUCAGCUGAAGUCCCUGGUGUGCGAGGCCUUGCUGCAGGAGUAUUUCUAUGCGAAGAAAGGGCGGACUUACCUGUACAGACUGCAAGAGGUCUCAGCGGCUCCCUUCCUGACUAACCUGGCAACCAUAUUGAACAGUUAUUGUGCCAAAUACAACCCUGUGCUGACCCGGGCCAGCCUAGAUUUAAAACCAGAGGUUAACUUCUAUUGGCUCCGUGGUGAGACCGUGGUGCCCCGAGGACACAGAAAAGGAUGCGUGGAUCCUAUUCGAUUUCAGAUCGACGAUAAACCUCUUGUCCAAAUCAGAACGCCUACACCUCUUAGAGAAUUUGUUCCCCUGGAACAUGUUGUUGCUGAAGAAGUUCCCGUGAUCACCUUUGAACCAAGCAGAUUGCCUCUCUUCAAAAGACAGUAUGAUAACAAGGUGUUCAUAGGUUCCCUAACCGAGGACCCAUGUAAAUUUGGCCAUACACAAAUUCAUUUGGUCCCAGAUAAGUUCAAAAGGGAAAGGUUUGAAAGGAAAAAUCUUGCUGAACAGAUUGAAGUUUUUCUGAGGUCUAAUGGUAUUGCCAGUCUCUUUGCAUGGACUGGGGCACAAGCCAUGUAUCAAGGUUUUUGGAGUCAGUCCGAUGUGACAAGGCCCUUUGUGUCCCAGGCUAUUAUUUCAGAUGGAAAAUAUUUUUCCUUUUUCUGUUACCAGCUAAACACGCUGGCUUUGUCAGUUGAUUCUGACGUAAAUAACUCCCGCAAGAACAUUUGCUGGGGAACACAAAGCGAGCCUCUGUACGAAACUGUAGAAGGGGACAAUAUCAAAGGAUUCAAUGACGACAUUUUCACAAAGCUUGUUGACUUCUUUCUUAACUGCCCAGAGUAAAUGAUGUAUAUAACACCAUGGCUUAUAAAGUGAUAUUUGUCCUCAAUCUGUAUUUAUCUACAUAUUUUCUAAUGCACUUACAGACCAUAAAUAAAAUAUGUAGCAAUGUG